AGAGAGAGAGAGAGAGAGAGUUUUAAGCAUACCCCAUUUUAGCUGAAGAACAACCCACAAACAUGGGCUCAAAGAGUGGUGAAAAUGCGUCUCAUCACCAAGUUGUCUCAGUUUCGUCGGAGUUCAAGCAAACUGAGAAAAAAGAUGAUCAGAUUGAAUCAGAAAGGCCAUUUUCAGAGGUUGAUAAUCAUCAGAAUCUGCCUCAAACCCCAUCUUCUAAAUCAAAGAAACCAACAAAUGACGCAACUUCAGUACUACAAGGGUGUACAUCAACUCCAGUACUGGACGUGAUCACUACAAAUGCACCACCCAGCUCCACCGAGGCAAUGGCGGAGGACAGUGGCCGUGAGAGGCUGAAGAGACACCGGAUGGAGGUGGCGGGGAGGGUUUGGAUCCCGGAGAUAUGGGGCCAAGAGGAGCUGUUGAAGGAUUGGACUGAUUGCACUGCCUUUGAUGCUUCAUUGAUGAAUAACAGCAUAAUGUCAGCUCGUGCAGCUUUGGUUGAAGGUGGAAGAAAUUCUAGGAGAUUAAGGAUAGAGAACAGGUGCUAG